AUGGUAGAUGAUGGUCUAAAAAAGAAGGGAAAGACUAGAGCUCAGAAAAAGAAGAAAGAUAGGAAGGCAAUAAAUGAGGAGAUUGAAGAAAGUAAAUAUAUGCAUGCUUUACCUUUCCCUCAGAAGCAGAGAAGAGAGAAGCUGGACAAACAAUUUGGGAAUUUCCUAGAUGUUCUCAAGCAGUUGCAUGUUAAUCUACCAUUCACAGAGGUACUUUCACAGACGCCAGCCUAUGCGAAGUUCCUGAAUGAGAUAUUGUCCAAGAAGUGGAAAGCGGAAGAGACAUUGGUUGUCAAGCUCACAGAGCAUUGCGCUUCUAUUAAGCUUAUGCCUUUGUCUAUUUUCAGGAAAUUGGAGGGAGAGAUUGGAGAAAUCAGGUCGAUACAUGUGCCCUUGCUGCUAGCGGAUCAGACCACAAUCAUACCUGAAGGAAUAGUGGAUGAUGUGCUAGUUCAGGUGGAUAAAUUUAUGUUUUCUGUGAAUUUUAUUGUGACAAACAUGGAAGAGAAUAGAGAGGUCCCUCUGAUUUUGAGGAGACCCUUCUUGGCUACUGGCAGAAUGCUUUGA